UGCGAUUAGAAGUUUGUACUUGUGUUGGCCGGCCUUUUAUAAGUUCUACACAAAAAAUUUUCCACGUCAGCCCUAGUCUGAAUUCUGAAAUUCCAUUCCCGCUCCCUCUUUUCAUACCCAAAACCUAUCUCCCGCCAUUUGCAAUUCUCCCAUACCCUUUACCUUCAGUUUUCUCCUUCUUCAAUUCCCAUAUAACAAUUUCCAUUUCAGUUUGCUCCAAAAUCUAAUUCCUUUGUUAUUCCUUUUCUUCUGUUUUCUGCUCUUCUUCAAGUUCCUGAGAUUGCCUUUGCCUUUCCCUAGCUAGGACAUUUUUUAAUUCCCUCAAACACCUUUUACUUGUUUCUUUUUUUUCCUGGAUUCUGUUUCUCCUUUAGAUGAAACUUCUCCAAUCUAGGGUUUCAAUUUGAUUUUUCUUCAGAAUGAGUGCUGUCAAUAUCACCAACGUUACUGUACUGGAUAAUCCAGCGCCGUUUUUGUCCCCCUUUCAAUUCGAGAUCUCUUAUGAGUGCUUGACUCCUCUUAAAGAUGAUUUGGAGUGGAAACUGAUUUAUGUGGGGUCAGCUGAGGAUGAGAUGUAUGAUCAACUUUUGGAGAGUGUACUUGUUGGGCCUGUUAACGUUGGAAACUAUCGUUUUGUUUUGCAGGCAGACCCACCAGAUCCCUCAAAGAUUCGUGAAGAAGAUAUCAUUGGUGUGACAGUGCUUUUGUUGACCUGCUCCUAUCUGGGUCAAGAAUUUGUUAGAGUUGGCUACUAUGUUAACAAUGAUUAUGAAGAUGAGCAGCUGAGAGAGGAACCUCCCCCGAAAGUUUUAAUUGAUAAGAUUCAAAGAAACAUUCUGUCUGACAAGCCAAGGGUCACGAAGUUCCCCAUCAAUUUUUAUCCUGAGAACACUGAAGGUGCUGAGGAGCCUCCUUCACAUGAUCAACCCGCUGAAACUGAUGGAAAUGAAGAACAGUUACCUCCUACUCAGGACCAUUUUUCAGAUAAAGAGGGACCUUGAAUCUAAUGACCAUUUUACCAACUGGUGGCAUUGCAAGUUUCCCUUUCAAGUUCAUAUCAUGACAAUCAAUACAAGUGAUGCCGUAGCCAGAUAUUUGGAUAAACGGCAUCUGGGCAACUAGUUUUCAACUUUACGAAAUGUUGAGAGGAAGCAAUGGCGGAUGCCCUGGGGCUCUAACAGGCUACUUUUUUGUCUUUAACCCACUGUAUCACUCCAUUUACACCUUUGUAUUCUGAUUGGAUUGCUUAAGUUUGUGAUCAUAUGAAUAGAUACAUUUCAAAUUCAUUAUCUUGUUAUCUUGAUUUCUUAAUUUCAAUGCUUGAUGAAACCAUUUAUUUAGAAA